AUGGAAGGUGAUCAAAUCUUUGGUGUUGCUACCAGAGAAAUGUGCCUUAUGUCUGGAUUGGUGAUCCCCGCAAAAUUCAAGACACCCAACAUUGAUCAAUAUGAAGGAGCUACUUGUCCCAAAAUUAAUCUCAUCAUGUACUAUAGAAAGAUGGCAGCUCACAUGGACAAUGACAAACUUAUGAUCCACUAUUUCCUAGACAGUUUGAAAAGUGCCUCUUCCAAAUGGUACUUGACCCUUGAUCAAACUUGCAUCCAUUGUUUCCAAGAUCUGGAUGAUGCUUUCAUCAAACAAUACAAGUACGACAUGUAUCUAGCUUCUGAUAGAAGGAAAUUGUUGAGCAUGUCCCAAAAAGAUUCUGAAUCCUUUAAAGAAUAUGCACACAGGUGGAGAGAGACUGCAUCUCAAGUGGAACCUCCAUUAACUGAAAAAGAAUUGGUAGAUUGGUUCGUCGACACAGUGCGACAAGAGUUUUUUGAGAGGAUGGUAGGAAGCAUGACAUCACGUUGUUAUGACUUGGUGGCCAUAGGUAUCAAAGUGGAACUUGGCUUUAAAAAUGGCAAGAUGAUUAAUGCGGCUAGUAAUUCCAACAACAACAAUAAUAAUACCAAGAAAUUCUCUAGCAGUUUCCAUAAGAAAAAGGAAUGA